AAUUAAACUAAAUAUCAAAACAAGUAUAUAGGGCCGGAAAAGUCGGAGGGAAUCCACUAUGUAAAAAUGGAAGAUCCACAAAUUGUGUAAUGGGCUGGGUCUCUUGGGCCCAACGUUUUGUAACACACACCUAUAUAUAUAUCCCCAAAAAUUCUUGCGCAGCCGCAUUGUAGAGUGAAUUAGGCUGCAUCAUCGGUCUCGUUGCUUCUAGGGUUUCACCAAGCCGUCUCCGUCGCAUUUCCGCCAGCAAUCAUGGUUCUCCAAAACGACAUCGAUCUGCUCAAUCCUCCUGCUGAGCUCGAGAAGAGAAAGCACAAGCUCAAGCGUCUCGUUCAAUCUCCAAACUCAUUCUUCAUGGACGUUAAGUGCCAGGGAUGCUUCAACAUAACCACAGUGUUCAGCCAUUCUCAAACAGUUGUAGUGUGUGGAAACUGUCAGACGGUUCUGUGCCAGCCCACCGGUGGUAAAGCGAGGCUCAUGGAGGGAUGUUCUUUCCGGAGAAAGUACGAUUGAGAUCCCACUAGCCUUCAUCAUCUCAUCACAGAUGUUACUCUUGAGAUAAAUCAGAUCUUUUAUUCAGUUUGCUAUUCUUGCUUACUAGUUCUUAAUGGUUAUGACGAUUUUUUUAGUAUGAGAAGAUUUUGAAGGCAUAAUACUACGUAGUUGAGUAGUUAAUGCUCUGGUCGCGUUGCAAUAGAAUCUGCUUUCGUUGAAUCUUGUUUCUUGCUGCAUCAGUUGUCUGGUUUCUUGUUCAUGUUUGCAUGUUGCUAGUUUGGUCAUUUGUUCAACUAGCAGAGCCAUUGUUUAAUGUGGAAUGAAAUAAACACUUUUGAAUGACUUGUGUAAAAGCAUUGUAAUAGUGAACACAACUAGACUUGAUUAGUGGCUCCGGUUUGAUGAAUUAGAAUCAGUUUUUCAGCCUC